AUGUCCAACUCCUUAGUCGUCCUCCCCCGCCCCGGGGCGGCGCCAUCCAGCAACGCAGCACAGCCCAUCCCAGCCCCAUCGGAAGCCGCCUUUGUCGCAACUUUCGGCAAUCGGCUUCCAUCGGCAUCAUAUUUACAAACACCCCACGCCAAAGCAGCAUACUACGAGCUACCACCCUCAUUUCCCGCUGCCACAGAUGAGAAAAAGCUCGUAUCCCGGGUGCUACUUGUCCAUGGCGUGCAGACGCCCGCAAUUGGCCUGCAGCCUUUAGCCAGCGCACUGUCAUCGCGUUUCCCAUCGGCUCACUGUGUCCUAGUUGACCUGUGGGGCCACGGACUUACGGAAACACCGUUUGUGGCGCACGACCCGGCUCUUUUCCAUGGACUAUUGGAGAACUUAAUGGUGCACCUCGGAUGGCCUGAUGCCCAUUUCAUUGGCUAUUCGUUUGGCGGCUCCACGACGGCAAGUUUCGCGGCGGCGCACCCCCAACGCGUGGCAUCGAUGGUUUUGGUUGCGCCGGCAGGUCUGCGCCGCACCGCAGGGCUGGAUGGGGUACAGAAAUCUUACCUGCGUGGUGGGGAGGGGGUGGAAGAAGCGGCGCGAGAUUGGAUCUUGGAAGUGCUGGAAGGCGGCCGGUUAGUUGUGCCUUCAGAUUGGAAGGAGAGGGUUGCACGAGGUGAAGUUGUGGCAGAGGCUGUGAGAAACUGGGAAAUGAAAGAACAUCCAGGGCAUGCCGCUAGCGUCGUCGCCAUAUUUAGAGAUGGUGGUGUUUUUGAUAAACAUGCCGAAUUUGCGAAAGCGGCAACGACGGGGAUUCAGUCUCUAUGUGUCUGGGCGAAUUGGAUGACUUGUGUAGCGUGCAAGAUUUGCAUGAGCUUGGAAUGCAGAAUGUCGAGGUUGUGCAGCAGGUAG